AUGUUAAUAACAUUAAUAGCCGUAUCAAGAUUCUUUCACAUAUGUGGUCAUGAUGAAUUUCAACGCAAGCAAGCUCCAACUACAGUUAAGGCAAGUUAUAAUUCAAAUACAUCAAAUUUUAGGCCUAAAUUUAUAUUUCCUGACUAUGAUAAUGAUGAAAAAAUCUGCAAAGCCACGGGUUCAACGAUAACAUGGAACGAUAAAACAUAUACUUGUACUGAUGAUGAUCUUUUGACAGAUGGAAAGAAAACAGUCCUUGAAUCUACAAUACAAAAUGCGGGGAGCUAUAUUGCGAAUUUUGUUAGAGCUAGACAACUCACUGGAAGCUUUCCAGCUAAAAACUUCUUAGAUACAGCAAUGACUGAAAGUAUAUUAGGCUCAGUUGCUGACGUUCAGAUUUUUAUAUUUAUUAGACCAUUUGGUGAUGAAUCCAGACAGGCAUUAACUGCAAUCGUUCAAAUUGAUGAGACAACUUCUAGACCAAUACAAUCUGUUAUGUUCAUUAACUCAAAAAAUAUUCCAACCACAUCACAAGACGAAAACUCAGAUAAUUCUAGAAUCUUCUGGUCACUAGCUCACGAAAUGUUGCAUGCAUUCGGAAUUUCAUCUGUAUUAUUCCCGAAGUUCCACACCGUAAGAAACAGUAACCCACAUUCAACGAACAAUACUUAUCGUUCAGGAAAAAGGAAUUUCUUAAUUACGCCAAAUGCACAUAUUUUCGCUAUUAACCAUUAUGACAGAGUCAAUCUUUCCAUUAAUGGCGAAAAGUUCACAUCUGGCAUUGAACUAGAUACAUAUCCCGAAUCAACAAGUUCUCAUCCAAACAUUAGACGCUAUCUCUCUGAUGUACUUGCAGGGGUCAUUGUCCAGCCAACCAGUGGAAAAUUCACUCGUGUUACUGAUGUCACACUUGCUUUCCUCAAAGACUCAGGAUUUUUCGAUGAAGUAAUUUAUACAGAAGCAUCUCCAAUUAUUUACGGUAAUCCUUUAAUUACUGAAGGAACGAGGAAAGGCGAAUAUCUCUCUGAAAUUCCACAGAAAAUAUUCCCUUAUGGUUAUUUUUAUAAUGCUGAAGACUACACUGAUUCUUCUUCAUUUGAUUUCGGAUUUUCAGGGUCUGUGGAUGAUAAACUUCUUGUAAAUGUUACGUGCAAUAGUGAAUAUGCAAUACCGUCAAAAGAAUAUUGCACAUAUGCCUCUUACUACAAUCCAUAUCGUUAUACACAAGUAACAAAUGUUGCAGAGACUAAUUAUAUGCUUCUAAAAUACCCAUUAACGUCAAUGGGUACCGGCGCAAUGAUUCAUGGAAGCAAUUUCAUGUCAGGAACAUAUUCAUGUGCAGAAGAUAAAAAAUCAUUUACAUUAACUUACGUGAAAUCAUUUGGCGGUACAGAUAAAGUAAUUACUUGCAAUCAAAAAGAUACAAUCAAACAAAAAUAUACCAUAAAAAAUAAUAAAAAUGAAGAUAUUGAAUAUUGGUACAAAUGCCCAGAUCCAGGAUAUUUCUGCAGAACAAUGGAACAACGUAAUACUAAUUUCACAAGCGAUCCAUUCGCCGUUCAAGAAACAACCGGCGCUGGUGAUGCAGUCGUAGAUCCAACACCAAAUGGUGAUGAUAAAACUGACAAUGACAAUGGCAAUAAUAACGGCAAUAAUAAUGGUAAUAACAAUGGAAAUAAUGGUGGUAGUAGUGAUAACAAUCAACCAGUUCCUAAACCAACCAGAACGGCGACAGGUUCUGGAAGUGAUUCGAAAGGUGGAAUGAGUGAAAAGACGAAACAAGCGCUCAUUAUUGCUGCGAUUAUUGUUGCUGUUGUUAUUGUAUGUGUACUUAUCAUCGGACUUGCAAUUUGGUACAGAUGUAAGAAGAAUAAGGAAAACAAAGAAGAAGAAAGUCAGUAUUCUGAUUACAGCAGUGAUUCCAUUUAA